AUGCUUACAUAUAUGUUGAGAAUUAUGAGAUCAGGCGUGGAAAUGUUGGAUAUCUGGCUUACCAAUUACCAGUAUAGGAUAAUUGCUCAAGCCUGUGAUCUGAGAACUCUUAUUGGUUUGGCACGAAGCAAAGAGAGUGAUCUUCGCUUUUUUCUUCCACCACCUCCUUUGCCAUCUUUAAAAGAAGAUUCUUCCAUUGAAGAAGAGCUCAGACAGUUGCUGGCUUCUUUACCUCAAACGGAGCUAGAUGAGUGUAUCCAGUAUUUUACAUCUUUGGCUCUGAGUGAAAGCAGUCAAAGUCUAGCUGCUCAGAAGGGUGGCUUAUGGUGUUUUGGAGGAAAUGGACUUCCUUAUGCUGAAAGUUUUGGAGAAGUUCCUUCAGCUACAGUGGAAAUGUUCUGUUUAGAAGCUUUGGUAAAACAUUCUGAGAUAUCUACACAUUGUGAUAAAAUUGAAGCAAACGGAGGCUUGCAACUACUUCAGAGGCUGUACCAACUUCACAAGGAUUGUCCUACAAUACAGAGAAAUAUAAUGCGUAUCAUUGGAAAUAUGGCUUUGAAUGAACAUCUUCAUUCUACUAUAGUUCGCUCAGGUUGGGUUUCCAUACUGGCAAAGGCGAUGAAGUCUCACCGCAUUAUGGAGGCCUCACAGGCUGCCAGAACCCUGGCUAAUCUAGACCGAGAGACUGUGCAGGAAAAAUACCAGGAUGGCGUGUACGUGCUUCAGCCCCAGUACCGCACAAGUCAGCCCAUUAAAGCAGAUGUCCUUUUUAUUCAUGGCCUUAUGGGAGCAGCAUUCAAAACGUGGCGCCAGCAGGACAGCGAGCAGGUUUUAACUGACAAGAUUUUAGAGGAUGAAGCCAGGUAUACCACGUGUUGGCCCAAGACAUGGUUGGCAAGAGACUGUCCUGCUCUCCGAAUUAUAUCUGUGGAGUAUGACACCAGCCUUAGCGACUGGAGAACGAGGUGUCCUAUGGAGAGAAAGUCCAUUGCAUUCAGGAGCAACGAACUUCUAAGGAAGCUCAGAGCGGCUGGUGUUGGGGAUAGGCCAGUCAUUUGGGUUUCACAUAGCAUGGGAGGUCUUCUUGUCAAAAAGAUGCUGCUGGAAGCCUCUAAGAAGCCAGAAAUGAGUACUGUUAUAAACAAUACCAGAGGAAUAAUUUUUUAUAGCGUUCCUCAUCAUGGAUCCCAUCUGGCUGAAUACUCUGUUAAUGUUCGCUAUCUUCUUUUUCCCUCUUUGGAAGUCAAAGAACUCAGCAAGGAUUCUCCUGCACUUAAAACACUACAAGAUGAUUUUCUGGAGUUUGCUAAAGACAAAAAUUUUCAGGUGCUGAAUUUUGUAGAAACACUGCCAACUUACAUUGGUAGCAUGAUUAAACUGCAUGUGGUGCCCGUGGAAUCAGCAGAUUUAGGCAUUGGAGAUCUAAUUCCUGUGGACGUUGACCAUUUGAACAUUUGUAAGCCAAAGAAAAAGGAUGCUUUUUUAUACCAGCGCACCUUACAAUUCAUCUGUGAAACUUUAGCCAAAGACCUUGAAAACUGAGUUAUCGUCUUCCAUUUUGCAAGAAACUUGGUGUUCUGUUUCUCUUUUUAAGCUCUGAGCAAUCAUGCGAACAUAGUCACUGUGGCAUUGACGUGGUUUGGAGCAUGUUGCAGGCAACAGAAUAUGGUUCUCAGUUCAUGCACUGUAAAGCACAAACAGAGUGGCAAUCAAAGAAUGAAGGGCUAGACUGGAUUAUUUUGAUUUAAAAGAAAUUCCAUGUGUGCCAGCUUAUGUUUUGCAGUGUUGUCCCUGGUGCAGGGAACAAGCGGCUAGGGAUAGAAAAUGCCUUUUGUCAUCUAUGAUGGUCUCCAGCUCACGCUAGGAGGAACACCGAUGGUUUCUAAAGGGAGAACAAUCAUCACAAAAAUACCAUUUAGAAAGUACCUAGAGAGGAGACUGAACUAGAAUAUAAAAACUCUUUGUUCUGGGUUACCAUGUGCUGUAAAUUAAAAAAAAAUAUGUAUAUCCGUGUAAACCUUUGUCUCAUGUUGUCAGACCUGUUGUCAUCUAUGGGUCAGUUCCUUAUAAGUUUUUCAUAUUGCUGAGAACAAAUACUUCUUUUUUUAAAAGAAUUAUAGCCCAUAGUAAUUCUUUCCAGACUGUAGCUACCUAUACUUGUAUUUUUUCCCAGAUAAGGCUAAAGUAUCUAAUCCAUUAUUGAUCAGAAUAUGAUAUAAAACUAUUCUAAGCCAUUAUAUAUACUAACAGUAUCAAGAUUCUUUUUAGCUAAAUAAUGUGUACCUUUCUUUCAUGCUCAUUUAAAAGUUGCAUCAAUUGACCUUGAGCAUUUGAGAAAUAGGAAAUCAUGUAGUGCCUGGCUCAGUCGGUAGAGCAUGUGACUCUUGAUCUCAGGGUCAUGAGUUCUAGCCCCACAUUGGG